GAUCCCAAGGUUGCCUUGUAACGCCGAGCUACACAUGGAUGCGAAAUGGAGAGCAACUUUCGGUUUCGGAAAAUGGGACACUGACAUUUUCCAGUUUCAGUUCGCGUGAAAAUGGAAACUACACGUGUAAAGUACUCAAUGACGAUGGCUAUGACAUCUCUCCUGUUGUCACCCUGAUUCAAGCAACACUACAAACUAAGUGGGAUGUUACCGAAACACAGUUGACCAAAUCCCCCGGAGAGCACAUGUCACUGGAAUGUAAGGACCCUCCCUAUAGCGCCCCCACCGGAACGUUCGUCUGGCAAAAGACCAUGAUGUACGCUUGGACGACAGAGUAAUGAUGGACAGCAAAGGAACACUUCAUUUCGCUUUCGUUAAAGAAACAGAUAGCGGUUUAUACAAGUGCGGCAUCUUUAACACACGGUUGGACGUUCGAAAGCUUGGCAGUCCAGUGAAGGUCACGGUCAAAGAGAGGAGGAGCACCGGCUCAAAUUAGACCCCAAGUUAUCUGGAAUAGUAAAGAAACAACAGCCGUGCUAGGUACAGAGUUGAAACUGGACUGCAUAUUCAGCGGAAAACCUGUUCCCGUCGUCAAGUGGACUCUGGACGGUAAAGACAUCAAGACGUCAGCAGACAAAGAUGACAACCAAAAUGUCGGUAUACUAAGGAUAGACAAUGUCCAGGAAGACGACCAGGGGACUUACAAGUGUGAAGGAAGUAAUCCUGUUGGCACCAAACAGAUUGAGAUCAAGUUGACCAUUGUUUCUGGCCCCCUCUGGGUGAAUGCACCAAACUCCCAGGUAGUGAUGGAAGGAGGGGAUGUGACGUUCAUGUGCAAGGCAAGAGCUGUUGGUGCCACGUCGGAUUUGGUCACAUCUUGGGCCGACUUUGACUCGGAGGCGACCCUAAGUUCUGACAAAUCUCAAGUAACGUUUCAUAACGUGUCAAUGGGAGACAACGACUGCGUACAUUGCUCCAUCAGCAACAACAUCGACUACAUCUCCAAAACAGCCUGUUUCAGAGUUGUCAAUGACAGCAGCGAACUGCCACCAACCACUACCACGACAUGGGCGGCAACGACUCAAAUACCACCAGGAAAAGCUCAUGCUCCAGGUUCGAGCUCAGUCGGGUCACUGGUUGCCAUUAUAGUGGUGAUGCUGAUCAUCGCUGUAGCUGCGUCUGUUGGCUUCCUCCUGUGGCGUCGACGACAACUGAACAGGGUAACAUUCAGAGUGAAGAAGGAUGACAAGGCCACGUUUGAGGAGAAGGCAAAGCGUCGACAGACUGUUUGAACCAGCUGUUCAUAUAUCUUCGAAAGUCAAUGUCUGUUAUUUCAAGUUCAGGGUUAAAUCUCUGACAGGAGUACACAUCUUGUCUUAUAGCGGACACAGCCUUAAACAGCGUUCUUAUGGUAUCUUUAACAAUAAGAACCAUUUUGAUUUUCUUUAAGAGAAACAAACCUUUCUCACCUUCUGCAUGUACUUUGAUCAAAGAUUGAUUUACAGUUUUUUGUAAAUAGAUCAGAUGAUAGACGUUGUUUUUUCGUCAUUUGUAUCCCUAAAUCACUAAACAGUACACAAGGUCAUACAAGCUUAGUUUGGUGAUGUGAUCAAUGUUUUAUCACAACAAAGUCUUUGAUGCACAAUGUUUUUCACGAGAAAGUCAAUAUAGUGAGAUACUCAAAACAGACGUGUUUUCGAAUAGUUUCAUAUGCAGUAUGUUUUAGCAUAUUUUGUUAUUUGUUUUGCUCGUUGUGUGUCCUUUGAUAAUUUUAAUCGUUUUCACUGUUAACUAUAGUUCCUUGCAAAAUUAAUAAUUGGAGCAGACCAGAUCAUCUUGCAUAUCUUUUAUUAUAUGGCGACAUUUUAUCUGUAUUUCUUCCAGUUCUUGUUUUAAUUGAGUACAUGUAUAUUUAGCCCCAGUUUAUCAAUGAUACCCCACUCAGACACAUUAUGCUAACUCGGUCUUUAUUACUGCCGAGCCUGCAGCCUAUGUAAUACCAAGUACCAUCAUUUAACGUUGUUUGGUACGACGUGAGCUGCCGACCUUCCAUUAUGAGAUAGACGCUCUAUCUAAACCAUAGACCCGGUCCGGUAAUAUGUAAAUAUUUGUAUAUGGAUGUGACAUUUUUUCUGAAAGGAAUUGACUCAAAUAUAUGUUUCUCCUUUGACGGGAAAAAUCUAGUGUUACAGUUUGCUGCUGACGAAUCGAUAUAAUUAUAAAAUACGUUAAGGAAUUACACAUAAUAGUUACUGAACAUCACUAUGUUUAUUUUACAAACAACAACGUACUUGAGAAACGAUCGAGCUUAGAAAUCAUCAGAAAUCAUAAUAUUAUAUGACGAAGGGAACCUCUACCACUGCAGCGUUUUGUUCAGUUUUGCAAGUACACAUGCAAUUAUGACAAGGAUAUAACGCGAUGUAAGUUUCACAUUCAGAUUGAAUGCCCUGUUUGACUACGAGAGUUUUCAUUUCCAUGUUAUGUCCGGGUAUGGAAUGUCACUGUGAUCUCUAGGUAUCUACUGAAAAGAGACAGGAAUCUUUAACACAACAGAAUUGUUCUGAAUCAUCAAUACUUCAUUAUUGCUGAACGUUAUUUCUUUCAUUUCGUGCUUCUUAUAUAUACUUGUAUUCUGUCUUAUAUUUUGUAUUUUUUUACAUAUUUAAAUGUUAUAUUCAUAAGCAAGUGAUUUCUGCAGGUGUAUAAGCAGUAAAUAUAUACUCAACAAAACCAGUUAAGGACCACCCCAGUAUUCAAUGUUUAAGUAUCAUAUGGACCAUAAUAUGAAUAUUUGGGUGAUCCUUAACUUUUUUGUUGAGAAUAUUAACAUGAGUCCAGAUAUUACUCAUUGUACAAGCCGUUGAACGGCGAAAGAUCUUGUGUAGAGUUUCGACAAGAAGGAAUACCUGAAUAUGGAAUGGUUCUGUCUUAUUCCCACAGUAAUGUAAAGGUAGUAAAGAACAAUCCAGCUUCAUGAUGACUGUCUGUAGAUACUGUUUCUGCAGACAAUCCGGUGCUCGACUAUGUUGGCAUCGAUUCAUGCACUGGGGCAGGCAUUCCACUAAGUUGGCGAGCCAGACCUCCCGUUCCCCUUGGUCGCUUCCUUCGACAGGCAUAGUUUACAAGGAGCGUAUGCUAAGACGGAAUCCCAAGCCGGGAGUACACAAAUCCAGUAACAUAAUAUUAUGUAAACACCAAUACAUUCAUAGUGAGUGAGUUUAGUUUUACGCCACACUCAGCAAUAUUCCAGCUAUAUGGCGGCACAUUCAUAGUGAGUGAGUGAGUUAAUAUUUAACGUCACAACAUUCAUAGUGCCUUUACUGUGGAAAUAUAUAUGAAACAACCCUUCCCUGUUCUCUACUGAAAGCGGGACGGUGGGGUAGCCUAGUGGUCAAAGCGUUGGCUCGUCACGCCGACCACCCGGGUUCGAACCCCCACAUGGGUACAAUGUGUGAAGCCCAUUUCUGGUGUCCCCCGCCGUGAUGUUGCUGGAAUAUUGCUAAAAGCGGCGUAAAACCAAACUCAGUCAGUCUACUGAAAGCGUAGACUGUGCCAUAUACAUUUCACUAUACAUGUUUAAUGAGCAUAGCAUGAACCCACUAUCGUAGACUGAUGACAUCAGGUGUUUGCGAAAAAGUGAGCGUAUCCUGCAUCCUGUCUACUGGGGGCACCCAUGACAAACACAUGCAAAUGCAUGUCAAUUGUUUACUAUGAAAUAUGUAUAUACAUUUUGUACACGUACGUUAAUUUUAAUAAAGGCACUUAAGUAUUUUGUA